AUGACUUCUGGCUUUGCCAGCUCUAGCUCAACUACUGGAGAAGAUCAGCAGCAGCAGCAACAGCAGCAUCAUUCGCCGAUGCACACGGGUAGCACUUCCAUGACCUACUUUCUCGCAGAUGAAGCUACUGUAAACGCCUCGGUGGUGGGUUCUGCCAGCGCAAGUGGCACUUUUGGAGUUAGAAGCCUGAAUGGUGCUUUGGAGGAUGCCGAAUCUACUCGUCAGAGGAAGGGGUCUUUUGUAUCUACGGUGUCGACUGAGUUUUCCCAGCAGUCGAGAGGUGACAGUGAAGACGAGGAAGAUGACGACGACGAUGACGAAGAAAGAGAUGACGACAGGGCUCUUGACGACCGUUCGGUGGCAUCUUUCCAAUCAUCGAUACAUCCAAGCUCAGGUUCCACGGGACGUACGCCACCAGAGUUCUUGUCGCAGCCUUUAACUCCUAUUCUAGGACCAACGCCAGAUCCACAAGGUACACCAUUACGAAGCCCAUCUGGGAAUUCUUAUAGGUCUGAAGAGGACGUGAUGAGUGAGCCGAUGGAAAAGAAAGAUCCUGGAAAGAGCCCCGAGAGUUUGCUUUCGCCCGAUGCAUCUAUAGCUCCGCAACUCAUCAUGCCAGAGAUCACGAUUCCAAGCAGACGACCCUUUACGCUACGAGGGAAGAAUAUAGGGAGGUUGAAGGUUUUGAUCGCUGGAGAUUCCGGUAUUGGCAAAACAUCCUUGAUCAAGUCUAUUGUGCAGGCUUCAGAGGACAUUGUUCAUGUCGACCCGAUAUCCACCGGCGGCUCACAAUCGAUGUCUCGCAGUAACUCGUCAUCCUAUUUCUCUGCAAACAACCGCUCCGGUAAUGAUAGUACAAAAACCAUAUCGGAAAUCUAUGCAAGCACCAGGCCAUAUCCGCAUUGGUGGUCAGAGCUGGAUGAUAGCAAAGUUUUAAGGAGAAGAAAAUCCAAACAUGUAACAGAAGAACAAAUAUUGGAGCGGAAUUUAUGCUUUGUAGAUACGCCCGGCUAUGGAUCCGGUACAUCGUUCCUCGAGUGUAUUGAGCCUGUCGUUGGAUACGUUGAGGCUCAGAUGGAACGUACACGCUCCAUUGUAAAUAGUGGAGAUGGAGAGUUACUUUCCAUCCUUUCAGGCAACGGAACGUCACAGGUUGAUAUAGUGUUUUAUGUUAUCCUCCACAGACUCAAACCAGUUGAUAUCGAAUUCAUUCGACGCCUCUCACCCUUCACUAAUGUUCUACCAGUCAUAGCCAAGGCAGAUACGUUGACUAGCCAACAAAUUAAUCAUCUCAAGCUAUCAAUCUUAAACGAACUAGUUGAAGCGGGUGUUCGCCCUUUCCUAUUCGGAAAGACAUAUGGAGAUGUUGCACAUGGUCUUCUAAACUCGACGCCUUGUGCACCAUUCGCGAUAUCAUCAGCACUUUCUAGUGAUGCUGAAAAUAUGGAUGCAAGCCUGCUCAUGUCACCAGAUUAUAUCGUGCCUCUUGUUGAAUCGGAAAUUGACGAUCUUGUAAGACACGUAUUCGAUCCGGACAAUAUCUCUUGGUUGAAACAUGCGUCCGCAAAAAAGUACCUUCAGUGGAUAGCAAAUCCUCCGGCGUCCUCUUCCUCUGCGUUAUCAUAUUCGUCUCGUAUAGGUUCCCCGAGGCCCAGUCGGAGGGCAUCGCUCUCUACUUCAACGUUUUUAUCCGCUUCUAACACAAGCUUGGUGCACAUAUCGCCUACGGCUAGUCCUCUAGCAGCAAACAACUUCGCUCUUGCUAGAGUUGCAGACCAUACCCAACGCGAAGAGCGCUUGGCGCAAGUUCGGCUUACACGUUGGGCACACGAGUUGCAGCGUAGCGUUAAAGCGGAACGGGACCGCUAUGAGAGAUUAGCCAGGGGUGAACGGGCUAUUUGGCUCACUGAGAGGUUAGGCGAGUGUAUAGCGGAUGGCCAAUUGGUGCCCGUUUCAACGGCGACCAUGGCAUUUGCAAAGUCGUCUGGGCCCUCGCAAGAUGUGAGUGGGGUAAAUUCCAGGGACCCACUUGGUAUUUUGGCGUUGAACGAGAUGAUCCGGCGCAAGGCAAUGGUUCUAUUGAGGAUUGCAGGGUAUGGAGGGGUUGUAGGGUUCGUUGGUGUGUGGGUAUUGAGGCAUUGGGGAGGACUUCCAGAGUGGCUUUAUGCCUCUGCUCAACAGAAAUAA